AUGACCACCAAUCUACCAUCAACCCCGAUCCUUCCAGACAAACAGAAGCUUGCCACGGAUGGCUCCAACUGGCCGAACUUCAAAGAAGUGAUGGUCAGCAUGGCUCGAGGGCGAGGACUGGAAGGAUACCUCUUUGAUACGGUAAUCCUUCCCGCAGGAUUCGUGGCCAACAACCUCGGUCAUACCCUGCUCAACUCCAUGAUGCCAUCGCCAGACAAAUACACCCUGCGUGACGGAUGGGUGGCCGCAAUGCUAUUCCAGAACAUCAAAGAUCCACGGUCGCACGAUUUGAAGGGGACGGACUCGGCAGCGGUGAUCUGGACAACGUUGGCCCACAAGUUCAAUCGGAGCACAGAGCUCCUCGUCAGAUUGAAAAUGGAACGGUUGCGCACUCUGAACCUGAAGGACCCUCGUUAUCUGAUGUCCCACAUCGACGAAUUGAUCAAGCGACGUGCUGAAGUCCACGACAUUGGGGGGAGCAUCCCGGACCCCAUGAUGUGCACUAUCAUCUUGACGUCGUUGCCCAAAGAGGAGUUUGGAACUGCUCUGAUUUCGCUCCAAGUGCAUUCCGUCGUAGCCCACUUGGUGCAGCACCUACGUGAAUGGUGGGACUUGGUGUGGAAGAAACGUGUGGAAGAGGACGCUACCGGAACUCCUGCCAAUGCACUUGCCGAUGGAUACAACACCAGAGGAUGCGAGAACUGUGGAGUGCAAGGUCAUGAUCAGAGAGGAUGUUGGGCAAAAGGGGGAGGAAAAGAGGGACACGCACCUGGUUGGUGGAAGGCACCUCGUGGGAAAGAGCCCAGCCCGGAACUUGUUGCGGCCCACCGCCAAGCUAAGGAAGCCCGACGAGGGCAGAAUCAGCAUCAAUUUGCAAAUAUGCAGUCAAACGCGCACCCACAACAGCAACAUCCAACUGCGGCGUUCACCAACCCAAUGACGACGUACGUUCUGGCCACAGCGAUGGACGACGGUCUGUCACAGCGAUCAGCAGACCCACCCAACGCAUCUGACCAACCAUUCAGAAUGGGAUAUGGAAGGACAAAUCCUACCGUUCUGAAUGGGGAAGUUGGAUGUGAGAAGGAGGCUGUAGCAUACAGUGCAUCGUCCGUCAGUCAGUACAACAAUAUCAUCCCAACAUUCCUUGACUCGGGAGCAUCAGAGCAUUGCAUCGUGGAGAGGUCGCGUUUUGUGACAUACCGAGAGGUGACUGGUCUCGAGGGCCAAACGGCGGUCAAGUCCGGAGGACAAUUCAGGAUCAGUGGUCGAGGGGACAUCGAAAUGUCAAUUCGACUGGAGAACGGAGAAGAUCGACGUAUUCGAUUUCCAGCCAUCCACACACCUGACUUCCGGAUGAACCUAAUCUCCAUCACCAUGUUGGAUAGCUGA